AUGACAAAUCUUAAUCUUUGGAUUAUUGGUCUGAUUUCCAUCAUUAUAGUAAUCUAUUUACUUACUCAAUAUGUUCUCAAUGAAAAACAAAUUCAUAUGCUCAAAUAUACAUUAUAUGUGACUGUUAUUAUGUUAUUAUCAAUAAUACUCAUACCAAUAUUUCUAAUACGACCACGUAAUGUAUUAAAUAUACGUCUAGGUGCACGCAUAAUGAAUCCUAUAUUUAAUUUAUUGGGUAUAAAAUAUCGUAUUGAAAAUGCCAAAGUGUUAGAUAACGAUGAAUCAUGUGUUAUUGUUGCAAAUCAUCAAUCAUCUAUAGAUUUUAUUGGAAUGAUGCAACUUUGGCCUGAACAUAUUCGAUAUUGUACAAUAUUAGCAAAAAAAGAAUUAUUUUGGGCUUUACCAUUUGGUUUUACAGCAUGGUUAGCUGGUCUUGAAUAUAUUGAUAGAAAAAGUCGCGAACGAUCAAGUGAAACAAUGCGUAAUUUAACUAAGAAAGUACAACAUAAAUCAUUAAGAUUAUGGGUCUUUCCUGAAGGAACACGAAGUAUGAAUGAUACAUUUUUGCCAUUUAAAUUUGGUGCUUUUCGUCUUGCAAUUGAAGCUCAAGUUCCUAUUGUACCCAUUGUUUUUUCAUCUUAUAAAUCACUUUAUAAUGCUAAUAAAGAAAAGAAAAGUUAUUUUUGGCGUCGAGGUUAUGUUACAAUUAAAUGUCUUGAACCAAUUGAUACUAAAGGUAUGACAAUUGAAAAUGAUCUUCAACGAUUAACUGAAAUGACUCGACAACGAAUGAUUGAUACAUAUGAAAAAAUUCAAACAAAAUUUGAGAAUGAUAAAAAAGAUAAUUAA